AUGGUCCCUGAGAAACAAGUCACUGGCAGAAAUCAGAAAGAAGAAAAGCUGGCUCAUGCAACAGUACAGAAUGAAGAAGAACACUGCAGAGAGCUGACCAACUGUGCCCAGAAAACGUGUAGAGAUCAAGGUCAAAAUCAUGGUUACCAUAUGAAGUGGUUCUGGAGACGGUUGAAGGAUUCUGUUCAAAAGAAGGAGGCUGUAAAACUGGCUGAAAAAUCUCACAGGAAGAGGAACAAAGAUGCUCGCAGGGGAGACGCAGACAGGGUCAUUGCUUCUCUAAAACCAAAGCACUCCACUGGGAAAACGCAGAGACCCUAG